AUGUUAACUACAGUCCUCAGUUUGUUUGGUAUUUUCGUAGGUACCAUUGGAGCUAUUGGUUACAACAUGUAUGUUAACAGUGACUUUGCUAAGAUGAACGACAAUAAGUUGACUUUCCUGAAGAGUGAUUACGACAAGUUACGUGCUCAACACGAGGAGCAACAGCAACUCGCUGAAAAUUCUACAGAAUCUAAAUAA